AUGCGGUAUGCGAGCAACGGGAAUCGAUUGGAGAAAACCAAAAGACACGCAUACCAGUCUCCAUCGAUUGACAAUUGGAAUUCAUCCAUUUCUGGAGGGCUGGAGGGGAGAGAAGACUCUCGUCAUCGCUGUGGAUAUUUUGCUGGGAAAUCAAGACGAGCUGGACAAGGGCCAAGGCAGCGGUCAAAUACGAGCCCAGGAUCCAGCGCCAACAUCACCGCAAUCCUUGGAAGGUUCCCGGCAAAGUCAAUGCUGGACCGAUAUCCGAUGCAUGGCCUAACCUCAUUCAGCGAAAUGCAUUCGAGAAAAGACGCUUCCAGGACAGUCAAUCUGGACUUUGACGCCCGUGUCCCCAUCCCCUUCAGUGUCUUCCCGUCGUCGUACCGGAGUGACGCUGUCUCUGAGACUACUCACACGAGAGUAGAGGGAGAGGUCAAUUUAACUGGUGCUUCGCGCGUCGAACGGGAAGAUACUGGAUACGAAGGCCAACUUCCAUCUCGUAGUUAUCAAGAAGCUGACAUCCAUAUCCACUCUGAUCGUCGCCCCCACGAGGAACACCCUAGAACACGCUAUCCCGAAGUAGAGCUUUCAAGAGAACGAUACUACGGUAACCAAGACCGAAAAGUCUGGGAAACACAGCUCGAUAUCACUGAACGUGAGUAUCGUCAACGCACAGAUCCGAAUUUCCAAGUAGAAUACGCUCCGCGGCCCACCCAAUUCCGUGACGUCGACCCCUAUUCCAACAAUCGCCAGUUCGAGCAGAUCGAUACCACCGGAGCCCCCAGUCACGUUAGCGAAGUCGAUUACGCAUCCCGAGGCAGCGAACGAGUUUACAGCGAAACCAACGUAGACCGACGCACAGUCAUCGAAGAAUCACCUCGCAAAAUGGGUUAUUACGACGACGAAGGUCAUUACCACUCUUUCCGCCGUGGCGUUGAGCGUGCAGCCGACCGUAUCCUCCACCCUCACCACCACCAUGACAGGAAGGAGGAGGUCGUCAUCACUGAUGACCGCGGCCCUACCCGGGUACGUGAUGGCGUCCGAGAGUCUGUCAGAGUCGUUCAGCCGCGUGGUGGACACCCCCCUGAGACAAUCACUAUCCCAUGCCAUUUCAUCCGUGUUGGUGAUCUCUUGAUCCUGCAGGGUCGCCCAUGCCAGGUCAUCCGCAUCUCCGUCUCUCCCCAGACUGGCCAACACCGCUACCUCGGUGUAGACCUUUUCACCCGCCAACUUCACGAGGAGUCUAGCUUCAUCUCGCAUCCUUCCUCCUCUGUUGUUGUCCAGAGCAUGCUCGGUCCCGUCUACAAGACCUACCGCAUUCUGGAUAUUCGUGAGGAUGGCCGUAUCGUCGCCAUGACCGAGACCGGUGAUGUCAAGCAAGGCCUCCCUGUUGUUGACCAGGGUAACUUGUUUAACCGCAUCAGUGAUGCCUUCAGUGACGGUCGCGGAAGCAUUCGUGCUCUCGUCAUCAAUGAUGGUGGCCGCGAGUUGGUAGUUGAUUAUAAGGUCAUCCACGGUUCCCGCUUGUAAAUUAACAGAUGGGUCAGCCAUUAUUAUCAUUUCCCUGAGUGGUUCGCUACGCCAAUUGUGCACCUGUUCCUAACCUGGAACUCGGCUAGAUUUCUUUUUUUCUUCUUCUAUGGGUCACGAUAUAUUUGAAGCCAAUUUUCUGGAUUGCUUUCUAUCGAUGACCCGAAGAACAUAACACGAAAAGAUGAAGGAAAUGAAGAAAAAGAGAUAUGAAGUUAAGGGCUAUUAAUGUUGUUUUUCUCUAUUGAUGGAUUUCGAAUGGAUGGAUGGAAUGGAUGGAUGAUCUCUUUCGUUUCCCCCAUUUCACCUGCUGCAUCUCCGUACUUUCUUUGCUCUCCUUUGCCCCACGUGUAUCUAUCUACCCCCUGCGUAUGUUGUUUGAAAAUCAAGUUGCAUUCAGCUGUCGAGCUA